UGUGCCAACAAAGAAUCUAAAAAGCAAGCCGCGUCCUGCUUGUGCAGAAACCUGGACGGAUAAAUCGCUGUCCUCGUGUCUUUGAUUGAGAGAGAAGAGUGCCCCGUGCAACCCUGUUACAAUUAUAGACUGAGAGCCGGCCCCAUCUGGCAAGCUGAGAGUGGCCGGAGCGAUGACAGGCGGAGGAUCGUCGGGGAGGAUGCCCACCUCGAAAGAGAGAGAAAACAACAAGAAGAGGGAACGACGCAGAAGGGCGAUUGCUGCCCAGAUCUAUGCCGGCCUUAGAGCGCAGGGGAACUAUAAGCUUCCCAAGCACUGUGACAACAACGAGGUCUUAAAGGCUCUCUGUGCUGAGGCUGGUUGGAUUGUUGAGGAGGAUGGAACUACCUAUAGAAAGGGAUGCAGGCCACCUCCCACUGAGAAUGGAGGAACUUCAGCUAAUAUCAGUGCUUGUUCCUCCAUACAGCCAAGCCCACAAUCCUCAUCAUUCCCUAGUCCUAUGCCUUCCUACCAUGCUAGCCCGUCUUCAUCCUCCUUCCCUAGCCCCACUCGCAUUGAUGGAAAUCCCUCUUC